UGUUAUCUAAAAUACAUUUAUUUGUUUUCAUAAUUAUUAUAAAACAAUAUGUAUCAGUCAAACCCUGGGAACCGCAACCAAGAGAUGCCAAUUGGAUGAAAAAACACCAGAAACUAGUGAAUCAAACUCUCAAUCAUAUGAAUGAUGAAAUGAUAGUAUUUGUUGGCGACUCUAUCACCGAACAGUGGGCUGUAAAUGGACAGACAGUUUGGAGUAAAUACUAUUCAUCGAGAGGUACUUACAAUUAUGGUAUCGGAGGCGACCAAACACAACAAGUUUUAUAUAGAAUACAGAAUAAAGAGUUUGAUGGACUUCACCCAAAAGUGAUUGUCCUUUUAAUAGGUACUAAUAAUGUCUAUCUAAACGAAACACUGGAUGAUAUCGCUCAUGGAGUCAAUGAGACAGUUCGUGAAUUAUUAGCUAAAAUGCCAAAAAGCAAACUAAUAUUGUUGGGUGUCUUACCCCGCGGCGAACCGUUGGGCACUAAAUGCAAACAAUUGAAUGAAUUAAUCAAAAACCUGGACAAUCAACAAACAGUUUACUAUCUGGAUAUGUGGUCACAGUUUGAAGACCCGUCGGGACAUAUAAGGACAGAAUUAUAUACGUCGGGUCUCUUGCAUUUGACUCAACUCGGUUAUCAUGUGUGGCAACAAACUAUGGAACCGUUACUUAACAAAUUGGAUCCAACAAUAUUUUGA